CGACCACGGGACUGUGCGGGGGCUGAAGGGCGGAAUGCGGGCUCGGGGGGCUCCCGAGGGGGUCCAGGGGUUCCCGAGGGGGUCCGGGGUUUCCGGGGGCGGGUCCGGGGGCUUCCCGUGGGUACCCGAAUCCGGCCCCGCAGGGCCCGGGGGGGCUCCGGGGACUGGCGGGGGGCAGAGCCCACCCGGGCUGCUGAGAGCCCUGCGGGGGCUGGGGGGUCCCAGGCGUCCCCUGACGGUCUCCACCUCCGUCCUUCCGCGGAGUGUGCCCCCGAGCACCCCAGGGACCCCGAGGGGAACCCCCAGGGACACAAGGGGACCUGUUCCCCCCGGGAACCUGUCCCCCAGAGACCUAAGGGACCCCCCGAAUGGACACAAAGGGACCUGCUCCCCCCGGGGACCUGCCCGCGAGGAUUCAAGAGGACCUGACCCCUCCAGCCCCCUCCCAAGGCCCCCCAGAAGUUGCCCCCCAGGACCCGGGGUGCAGCGAGACACCCCAAAGGGCAGAGACGCUGCGGAAGGGGUGGGGGGGUCCUGGCUGCUCCACUCCCUGCACGUGUCCCCGGGGCUGCCCCGGCCGAGCUGCUGCAGCCAUGUCAGCCGAAAACACCAAGGAUGGGCAGGAGCUGAAAUUUCCACCGCUAAUGAAUACGCCUGCAAAGGGCUGGAUAAGCUGGAGGAGAAGCUGCCCAUCCUGCAGCAGCCCCCGCAGCAGGUGGUGGCUGGAACCAGGGAGCUGGUGUCAUCCACGGUGAGCGGCGCGGUGGGGCUGGCGCGGGGCGGCGUGGAGAGGACACGCUCGGCGCUGAGCACCGGGGUGAGCACCGUGGUGGGCUCCCGCGUGGGCCGGCUGCUGGCCACGGGAGUGGACGCGGUGCUGGGCAAGUCGGAGGAGCUGGUGGAACGAUACCUGCCCGGGAUGGACGAGCAGCCGGCGGUGACAGCAGGUGCCGAGGUGGCCUCGCGGGAGCGGCAGAGACGGCGGCAGAGCUGCUUCGUCCGGGUGGGCUCGCUGUCGGCCAAACUGCAGCAGCGAGCCCUGCAGCGCUCGCUGGCUGAGCUGCAGCGGGCACGGCACAGCGCCCAGCGCGUCCUGGCCCAGCUCCACCGCAUCUUUGAGCUGAUUGAGCAGGGGCGGCAGAGCUUGGAUGGGCCCCUAUACGGCACCCAGCGGCAUCUCCACCGUAUGUGGCUGGAGUGGAGCCAGCAGGACGCCGUGCCCAUGGAGGAGAGCGAGGUGGAGGCGCGGACGCUGGCCAUGCUGCGCGGGCUCCUGCGCCAGCUCCAUGCCGCCUGCACCCGCCUGGCCGCCAGUGCCCGCAGCUUCCCCGGCAGCGUGCAGGAGACGGCGGGACACGUGCGGCACGGCAUGGAGGGUGUGCAGGCUUCCCUGUCCCGCGUCCACUCCAUCCGUGACCUGUCGGAUUUGGUGCUGGAGCAGAGCCGGGAGACAGUGACGCGGGCGCAGUUGAGCAUCGACGAGCUGCUGGAGCACAUGGGGCAACACGCGCCCCUGCCCUGGCUGGUGGGACCCUUUGCCCCCGCCCUGGUGGAGUAUCCGGAGGAUGUCCCUGUCGAGAUGGCCAAGUGGGAGGGUUGCAUUACGGUGGGGGGGACACACCACGUGCCCUCUCCCCCACGGCCCUGCAGCCAGCGCUGAGACCCCCCUGUGCCACCAAACUGGGGGAGCACCCACCCAGCCAUGGCGGUGAACCCCAUCCCUGCUAGGGAUGAGGUGACGAUGGACUCGGUGACCCAGUGUGGGACCCCUGAUGCUGCAGAUAGGGACUUGUUUGGGGAGGGAGGGGACAAUGGUACACGGAGGACACAGCGUGUGCCCAGCCCUGCCCGUCUGGGGGUCCCCACGGUGUCCCCAAGCCUGGAGAGUGUCAGGAUUUCUUGUUUUAGUGGCUUCAAAGCACUUUAAAGAAGAAUUAAACAACUUUUUAGGCCUUAAAAUGA